AUGGCUGUGAAGACAACAAUAUUCUCUUUACAAAAACUAUUUGGACUUGAUGAUGAAGCAGCACAUACUGCAACUAUUGAACAACAACGAACUCAACCAUCUUCCGAGUUUUUGGCAUUUACCCAUAUUAUUAAAUCAGAACUUCAUAAAUUUCAAAGAGAUGGGAAGAGCUCUAUUGCGGAUCUGAAAACACUUAAAGGUGAUGCUGUAGCAGAUGCUUUAGUGCUAUGUCAAUUCUCAAUAAACAUCAUGCUUGGAAAUCCAGUUGAUGACAGUCUUUUACAAAUAGACAAGAUUAUUAAAAUGCUUUACACUCUACCAAAUAAUAGUCAUUUUGGUGCAAUCACAACUAAAAUGUUUAUUGGUAGUCUUUGGAAUCUACUUCCACAUCCGCCUGUAAAUUUUCAGAAUCAAGUCGGUUAUCAAUGGAGAUUUGCUGAUGGUUCUAAUAAUAAUCUUGCUUUUCCUAAUAUUGGUAAAUCUGGUCAGAAAUAUAUUCAAAGUUGCUUGCCUAAACGUCCUCAACCAGAUAUUCUUCCUGAUCCAGGUCUUAUUUUCGAUGAGCUGUUGAAACGUUGUCCAGACAAGAAUGGUAAAUUCAAAGGAAGUGAAUCUCAUAUUUCAAGCAAUCUCUUCUAUUUCGCAACAUUUAUCACACACGAUAUAUUUGAUACAGAUGGAGCAGAUAGAACGAUCAAUGCAGCAACAAGCUAUUUAGAUUUAAGUCCACUUUAUGGUAGUACACAGCAGGUACAAGAUUCUAUUCGAACUGGCGAAAAAGGUCUUAUCAAACCGGAUCAAUUUGCAGAUACUCGAUUUUGGCUUCAACCUGCUGGUGUAACAGCUUUACUUGUUCUUUUCAGUCGAAAUCAUAAUUAUCUAGCAGAAAAACUUCUUCAAAUAGAUGAACAUGGUCGUUUUAGUUCUCUUCAAGAUAAAGAACGAGAUGAAGCACUUUUUCAAACUGCAAGACUUAUUAAUCAACGAACAUAUAUAAAUAUUGUUCUGCAUGAUUAUAUACGUGUUAUUCUUGGUGUUAAUCGAACAAAAAGUUCAUGGGCUUUUGAUGUUUUACAAGACUAUUCAGAUGUUAGUUCUGGAGGUGACAUACCCAACGCAACUGGAAAUCAAUGUUCAAUUGAAUUUAACUUUUUAUAUCGAUGGCAUCAUGCAACAAGUGUUGAAGAUGAAAUAUGGAUUGAGAAUGAAAUGUCUAGACUUAUUGGUGAUUGGAAAGACAUGGAUAUGAAAACAAUGUUUCAGAAGAUAGGAGGACUUACACAAGAUCAAAAACAAAAUCCUCAACUUAUGCGUGGUACAAAUGGACGUUUUGAAGAUAAGGCUCUUGCAAAAGCACUUAUUGAUGGUUGUAAGAAUGUUUCUGGUGCUUUUGGUGGUCAGAAUACUCCUGCUAUUUUUCGUAACAUUGAAAUCAGUGGUAUUUUACAAGCUAGACGUUUGGGUCUUUGUACUUUAAAUGAAUAUCGUUCUUAUUUGAAGUUAAAAAAGUAUCAAUCAUUUCAUGGAUUGAAUCCAAUGUUAUCUGAACAGCUGGCAAAACUCUACAAUACAAUUGACGAUGUUGAAUUGUAUCCUGGUUUACUCUGUGAACGAAAAAAGUCUAAUAGUGAUGGAAGUGGAAUUUGCGCAAAUUAUACUACUUCAUCUGCUAUAUUGGCUGAUGCAGUAGCACUUGUUCGAGGUGAUCGAUUUCAUUCUAAAGAUGCGACAUAUUAUAAUCUAACUAAAUUCGGCAUGGAAGAUAGUCAAUCUAUUGAUACAGUUGAUUUUGGUACUCUUAUUGGAAGAAAAUUAAUUUUACGACAUUUGAAUAGUGUCUACAGUCAAAAUAAUAUCUAUGCAAUCUUUCCGUUUACAUUACCGGAUGAAACGUGGAAAAACUUGGGUGAAACACGAACAAAUUAUGAUUUUACUCUACCACUUUAA